AAUGGAUAUUGAUUCAAACAAUAACUUGCCACCAAUGACGAUGCUAAACACAAAGUGAUUCAACUUGGGCUGAGGGAAAUCAAGGAUCGAGUGAAAACUAUUGAAUCGGGUACUGCGAGUAAUGUGCCAUGUACUAGUACUCUACCACCUUCUACUAGUAUUGUACCACCUUCGCAUACUUCGCCGAAAAGUCCGCCACGUCUGAAUACUACAAAAGCAAGCAACACUCGCAUGGUACUCAGUCCUUUGGUUGCUCGCCGAAGAGGACGUCCAUGUACGAGGCGGAAGGUUAGCAAGGUUGAUCAAAUAGUUAAUCGGUUGAAGAGAAAGAACAAGAAGACUACUCCCGCACAGGUGCCGGAAGAUCAAGCUUACUAUUUUCCUUCUAUGGUUGGCACACAAGAUAGUAUGUAUGUUCCGGUGCCCCAUGAUGAAGCUUAUUAUUUUCCUUCUAUGGUGGGCACAGAAGACAACAUGUCUGUACCGGCACGGGUUUGCACAAUGGGAACGCCGGACAAUAUUGAAAGCACAUCAGGAAUGGUCAACAAUCUAAGCAGUCAAAGUUCUACAGUACCAUCACUAUUGGAUCCAAAUGCCCCAAUUUAUUUUUAAUGUAAUACACUGUUCAAUGUCUGUUCAAUGUAAUACACUGUUCAACCUGUUGAACAAAUAGAAACCUGUUCAAUGUCUAUGUUCUACUAUUUUUGUAAACAG